CUGUGAAUGCGAGCGCACCGCCAUGCGCCAAAACACAACUUCACGCGCGUGGUCUUUUUGGACGUGGACGGGGUUCUGAACUCGGCCGCCGAGCAUGCCGCAGGCAGUGACUACAUUCCGGUGGGCAGCGGCGGCCUUUGGCUUGAGAGGAACCUCCUCCUGCGCCUGCGGGACUUGCUGCACGUGGGCCAGGCGCACGUGGUGGUCUCCUCCAGCUGGCGCCGAGAGCAGGCGGCCAUUGAGGCUCUCAAGAUAGCCUGUGCUCAAGUGGGCAUCGCUCUUUGGCGCUUCAUCGGCCAAACCUGCGAGAUCCGUGUGGGCCGCACGGCGGCGUCCCGCCGGGUCGCGGAGAUCCAGGCGUAUCUUCGAUGCAGCGCCCAGCUGGGCGUGCAGCAGUGGGUGGCGUUGGAUGACAUGGACCUAGCCAGCCAAUGCCCACAGCACCUGCGCAAGAACAUGAUCCGCACCGAUCCUCAUCACGGGCUGCAGCCGGAGCAAGUGCAAGCUGCGCUGCAGGUCUUUGGCCUCUCGGAAAACCGCUGGGAGAGCCCCCCCCAGGGCAAAGGUAUCAUUCUGGACAUCGACGGCACUCUCAUUGACACGGCUUCCCAUUCCCCCCUCCAGCCUGCUUACUCUCAGGAGGCGUUGGCCAUCUAUGGCCGGCCUCACCUUCAGACCUUCUUGGACUUUUGCUUCGAGAACUUCGCCGGGGUGGCGCUGUGGAGCACUUCGGAUGAGGAGUGGUGCAAGCUGGUGGUGGACAAGGAGGGCCACACGCAAAGGGGCAGACCAGCAGAACCCGCGUCCUCGGCCCAGAGCGCAGCUGGUGCUUCCAGUGGUGCCAGCAACACUGCAGCGAGCAUUUGCGCGACAAGGAGGGAGAAGAGAUACCGGUCUGCAAGAAGCUGCGGAAGGUUUGGAAGUCCAGCACCAGGCGAGCUUGCGGCUUUCACCGAAAGGGCUGCGUCAUUAUCGAGGGCAGCUAUCGCAACUGUUACUUCAACAGGGGCAACGCGGUGAUUGUGCCCAGCUUCGACGCCUCCAGCGAGGCUUCCGCGGAAGAUGAGGAGCUGCUGAAGCUGAUGAGGUACCUCGAAACCGAGGUGUUGCCCUUGGAAGACGUGCGCAGCCACACUUGCCCUCGCUGAUGUCAGA